AUGUACAGAAACAUAAAGGAGAUUGCCGACGAGGCCUAUUACCAAAGAAAGCCAAACGUUCCUAAGGUACCAGGUCAGAGGGGACGGCUUGAGCAACUGCUUGAAUACUUCGCCGAAGGGGAGGAAGAGUGCCUCCACAUAAGUAUCAGCGAGGACAUGGCUCAUAUUACCAUAUUCGAGAUGGAAGGGGAAAUCAAGCAUGCCGACAAGGACAUUCACACCAUGAUGGAGGAGAAAGGUCUUUUGGCGGAGUGGGAUGCGUGGCCUCCUCGGUGA